AUGGCGCCGAUGUUGGUACCGCUGAAAUGCGGCUUUCACUUACAAAAACGAAAAAUAGCCCUUCUCCUCCGACAGACCAGCUCGUAUCACAUUUGGAAUAAAAGUCGCAGUGAAAGUGGGACGGACCAUAAACGCCAAAGUUCAUAUCUGCUGAGCUCCCCUCCACACCUACGAACAGCAACAUGGAGUACAAACAGAAACGAAAACAGUCGGCGGAUUUUGGAGGCAGUAAAACAUUUGCAGAUUACAGACAAAAGAACAUGUUGGCAUGGAAAUGCAGGAGGAAGGCUCAAUGCAGAUCCACAAAAUGUUCUGAAAGAAGUAAAUUCAACCCAGAUCCUGUCUGCAAUGUUGUCUUAUGUGUGGCCAAAGAAUAGACCAGACCUGCGGGCCCGUGUUGCUAUUUCUCUGGGCCUACUCGCUGGAGCCAAGAUCACCAAUGUGAUGGUGCCCUUCAUGUUUAAGUAUGCAGUGGACGAGCUUAACCAGAUGUCGGGACACAUGCUGAACCUGAAUGACGCGCCAAGCACCGUGGCUACCAUGGCAACGGCCGUGCUGAUUGGCUAUGGCGUGUCACGGGCUUGUGCAGCACUCUUCAAUGAGCUGAGGAACACCGUGUUCGGCAAGGUGGCCCAGAGUUCCAUCCGCCGCAUCGCCAAGAACGUCUUCCUCCACCUGCACAAUCUGGACCUGGGUUUCCAUCUCAGCCGCCAAACAGGGGCGCUGUCCAAGGCCAUCGACCGUGGCACACGGGGCAUCUCUUUUGUCCUCAGUGCGCUCGUCUUCAAUCUAGGACCCACAGUCUUCGAGAUGGCCCUCGUCAGUGCCAUUUUGUAUUACAGGUGUGGUGGACAGUUUGCAGCAGUGUCCUUGGGUACCUUAUCAGCAUACACCCUCUUCACCAUUCUCGUCACUCAGUGGAGGACGCGUUUCCGGAUAGAGAUGAAUAAAGCAGACAAUGAAGCUGGAAACGCAGCUAUUGACUCACUCCUUAACUAUGAGACCGUUAAGUACUUCAACAAUGAGAAGUAUGAAGCUGAGAGGUAUGAUGGAUACCUGAAGAUCUAUGAGUCAUCCUCUUUAAAAACCACGUCCACGCUCGCCAUGCUCAACUUUGGCCAGAGUGCCAUCUUCAGUAUCGGCCUCACUGCCAUCAUGGUGUUGGCCAGCAAGGGCAUUUCGGCAGGUACGAUGACCGUGGGAGACCUGGUGUUGGUGAACGGCCUGCUCUUCCAGCUCUCCCUGCCCCUCAACUUCCUGGGCACAGUGUACAGAGAGACCCGGCAGGCCCUCAUAGACAUGAACACUCUUUUCACCCUGCUCAGCGUCGACACCAAGAUCAAGGAGAGGGAUCUGGCCCCGGCAUUAACCAUCACACCACAGGAGGCCACCAUCCGCUUCGAGGACGUCUACUUUGAAUACCUUGAGGGCCAGAAGGUCUUAAACGGAGUGUCCUUCGAAGUGCCUGCUGGGAAGAAGGUCGCCAUCGUUGGUGGCAGUGGGUCAGGGAAGAGCACCAUUGUGCGGCUGUUGUUCCGCUUCUACGAGCCCCAGCGGGGGAACAUCUACAUAGCGGGGCAGAAUAUUCGAGACAUCAGCCUUGACAGCCUGAGGAAGUCUUUGGGGGUCGUACCUCAGGAUGCCGUUCUGUUCCACAACACCAUCUUCUACAACCUGCAGUACGGGAACAUCAACGCUACACCAGAGGAGGUGCACCAAGUGGCGCGUCUAGCAGGCCUCCAUGAUGCUAUCCUCAGGAUGCCCCAUGGCUAUGACACCCAAGUUGGGGAGCGGGGCCUCAAGCUGUCAGGAGGGGAGAAGCAACGUGUCGCCAUUGCCCGUGCAAUACUAAAGAAUCCACCCAUCCUCCUUUAUGACGAAGCAACAUCCUCCCUCGACUCUAUCACAGAAGAGAACAUUCUGACUUCAAUGAAGGAGAUGGUGAAGGACAGAACGUCUAUGUUCAUCGCCCACAGGCUUUCCACAAUCGUAGACGCAGAUGAGAUUAUAGUGCUCAGCGAGGGUAAAGUGGCAGAGCGAGGCAAUCACCACACCCUCCUCAGCACCCCUGGCAGCUUGUACGCAGACCUGUGGAACACCCAGAACAGCAAAAUCCUCAACGGUGACAAGAGGACGGCCGAGCCGCCAGCAGAGCGCCUCUCCCAAAAGGAGGAGGAGAGGAAAAAAUUGCAGGAGGAGAUCCUCAACAGUGUCAAGGGCUGUGGGAACUGCUCCUGUUGAUCGAAGCUGCCACCUCCAUGUCUCUUCAUCCCUCACAGAUGGCCUACACUGGAAUCCCUGGUCUGUGUAGUAUUUGGGAGGGAGCGGAGAAGGGGUACAUCCCUACUACCCACUCAAGCCAAGCUCCCCACCCAUGUGACUAUCCCUCCUCCUCCUCCUCAUGUGAAUAAAGGCCACUGCUCGCCAAAGUGAAGGAGGAGGAGCAGAACAGGGAGCAAGUGUGUUUAGCACUGGCUGUUGUCCAGAGAUGGAGCUUCUAUGCCAGUUGUCUCAGCUGAAGCCAAGCAUAAGAGACCUUGUAUAUCACAUACGUGUGUGUAAGACAUCUGUUAGUCAACAUGGUUGCCCCCCCCCUCCUCCUCAUUUUUGACAUCAGGUUUAUUGACAUCCUCCAUUGCACUGGAAACAGAUGAGAGUACACAUAAUGACUUACAUAUGCCUUGAUGUUGACACAAAAUUUGAUUUAAAUUUUUUUUUAAUUAUUUUCAGAAUAAACUUAACCUACAGUUUGCUUUUUAUAUUAAGGAUGCGCACAUCUAUUACAAUAUAGUGAGUUACAAAGAAUGAUUUGCAGUAUGUGGUUUGAAUAACACUGAUUCAUUUAGCAGAUGCUUAAAUUGGAUUCAGUCAUAAUGCACAUUGCCCAUGACAUUUUUAAUGCAUGUUCUAAAAAUAUCAUAUUUGGCAGAUAAUCAAGUCUUCUCGAUUUGAUUCACUGCGUAAUAUGGAUGUUUGGACUCAUGAACAUGCAAAAUAGCUCCCCAGUGAAUUAGCAGUAUGUCACAGUCACAUUCAUGUAAAUAUAACGCUCUGAGAAUGACAAGAAGUAACUCUAAUAAAUCAUGAAUGCUUUUCACCACAUUUGGAGCCACAUUAAGAGACAACAACUUGAAAGUCUCCUCUGGGAACAUUUCACAGUCAUAUCAUUUAGCCUUGGUUGACGGGCCUCUUCUGUUAAAAAGUUAUGGAGUUUUAACAGUGCUUAGACAGCUUUUUGGAUUGUAUGAUCCUACUACAGAGACUUCUUCCUGAAGGUUACAUGUAAAUGUUAUUAUUUAAAAACUGACAGUACAUGUAUGUCCUCAUUUUCUGAGGGCUGUUUUGGCUGUGAUAUGCACAUUUUGUUAAGAACUUUGGUAUGUUAUUGUAUCUAUAAAUGAACAGAUUAUUAAUCUUGUACGAUACACACAAUGUAAAGCCUUUGUCACAGUAUUCUGGACUACAUGUUGACUGUGUAAGUACGCUGCAGACAGAUUAAUAAAUGGCUUUAUCUAAAUAA